AUUAUAUAAAUCUAUUUUGCAGAUAAAAUCAUUUAAGGAGUUUUUCAUUGGAUUAAACUACAAAAAAGCAAAAUGUUUUGCAAUAAAUUACUUUAAAGUGGAUUUUCAUUAAGGAAAAUCCUCCGCACUAUUGCUUUAUGACAGCACAGCAGUAAAGCGAAUACGAAGACAAUGUCCUCCGCCAUUACAAAUACACAUAAAAUUAAUGGAAAUUUGAUUGUUAGUGCGAAUACUCCAACAUCUAAUAUAUCAAAUACAACCACAGCAGGAACUACUAUUACAACUACAUCUACUAAUACAACUAACAGUAAAUCCUUGACAUCUAACCCUCAUCGUAAUCAAAUACAUCAUCACAACUAUCAACAGGAGCAGGAGCAACAACAGCAACAUCAACUACAGAAAUCAUAUAAUAAUUUACAAACAGCACAGCAACAACAUUCCUCAAAAUUAUCAACAGUGACAACAAAAUUGCAAGCACCGCAACAACAUCAAAAACGUUCAUUAAUUCCAUCGGUGUCGUUACAGCAACAACAGCAGCAACACCAGCAACAAUCACAAACCAUAUCCAUACUUAAUACGACAUCAACCACGACUUCAAUUCCAACACAAGCAAAUCAAUUGCAAACAAUAGCAACCAUACAUCAGCCUUCCUCACAGGCGCAACAACGUAACGCUGCCACAUCGCAAACAGAGUCCAAUAAUAAUAAUACUACAACCGCUGGAGGUGUUAGUGAAAAUCCUAUAACAAGGCGUAACUUCUAUCAUUUACAAUCCCUUAAAACUGCAGGCAAUAGUCUUAAAGCGCCAGCACAUUCUAUACCGCCACGCUAUCAACCACCACCACAACCGCAAAACCAAACAAAUCCUACAACUGGUAUUUUGAAAAACCUAAAUUCGCAAAGAUUAAGUAGCGGAGCAAAAUCUGCAUAUCCUUCAUAUUUCUCAACUGAAACAGCGGGAAAUCAUUUAAAUAAU